GUCUUCGUAGUGCAGCUGCAGCCAGCCCCCCUCUCUCUGCUCUAUCAGUCCGCGCAUGCGCAGUAGCUCAUCUGUGCGCUCUACUGUUUGCAUUGUGUCUGAACUGCCGGCGAGCUUUAAAAAUAUUAUACCCACCGCGGCAAUGUCGGGCAGGUCGGUCCGAGCUGAGACCCGGAGCAGGGCGAAAGAUGACAUCAAGAGGGUUAUGGCCGCUAUUGAGAAAGUACGAAAAUGGGAGAAGAAAUGGGUGACUGUCGGAGACACGUCUCUUCGCAUCUACAAGUGGGUGCCAGUGACAGAGCCCAAAUCAGAUGAUAAGAACAAAAAUAAGAAGAAGGGUAAAGAUGAGAAAUACGGCUCUGAGUUGACGACUCCAGAAAACAGCUCCUCUCCUGGGAUGAUGGACAUGCACGAUGACAAUAGCAACCAGAGCUCCAUCGCCGACUCAUCCCCGGUGAAACAGGAAAACAGUUGUAGCACCAGCCCCACCCCGGAGCCCACCGCCACGUCUCACCGCGAGAGCAGCGAGGCCAAGACUGACCAGAGCCCGGACAGCAAGAGGGGUAAGACCCCCACUUCAUCAGAGACCUCAGAGAGAGCACAAAGUGCCAAGAGAGACAGUCUGUCCUCGGGGGAGAAGGAGUCUUCAGACAGCAAAGCCACUCAGGACCUAGAUGAGGAGACCCCGCCCAGCAAGAAGAACAAAGUGGAGUCCUCGUCUCAGGACUUUGAGGAGAGUUAAAUGUUCAGAGCUGAGUCAUUCCUCUCCUUCAAUCUCCUCCCCCCCUCCCUCUCUCCCUCUGCACCUCCCUCUCUCCCUCUGCACCUCCCUCCAUUAACUCUAGAUAAUUUAGGGCUAAUGGACGCACCGGCUCUUCCUCUCACUCCCCUUCUCAAUACCAAAGGGAGAAUAGACAUCUCUCUUCCCCCCCUUCUCCUCCAAUUUGCCACCUUUGACCUAACACUCCUCUGCCACAGAGGGAGAAUGGAUAUUACCUCUAUUCGCUGGUCCCCCUCCGUGCUUCCUUCCAGUUCUCCACCCUUUUUCACUAAUGCCAAGAGAAGCUCUGAACCCGGGCUGCAAUCCCCCUCUGUGACCAGGGGACGGCGCCGUCAGCCGAGCCCAGCCACCGUCAGGCCAGACGACAAACACUGACCUGCAUCUGUGACCUAAAAAGAGUCAACACUGAGGAUCUGAGAUUAGGACGAGGUUGAUCCCGGGCGCUGCUCUGAAACCGUUUUUAACACGUUUUACUGCUAAUGGUUUAGAUCGGGAUAGAGGCUAACCUGGUCUCAGAUCCGCGGCUGCGGUGGGAACCUCCACCCUAAGACCACGUCACUUCAAUCCUCCCGAUUCGCCUCCUGUUAGACUAAUGUUCUAUAUUUGUUUAGGAAACGUUUAGGGUUUUUUUCUCAGGAGGGUCAAUGCACUGUUAUGGUAUGUCACAAUCGAUCACAGAUAGAUUUUCUGCUGUAGUGGAAGUCUUUUUUCUCUAUCCAUGAAAAGUUCUCCAUUCACAUGUUUUUAAAAAAAAAAGUGAGUUAGUUUGUGGUUCGUAGACGAUGGUACUGGUCGAGAUGAACUCUUGGAUAAGUAGUGAAGACAGGCAUAGGUAGCGUAGAUCAUGAAGGUGUGCCUUGAGUUGCUAUGAUUUUUAAAUGCACGUUUUAGGUCAAGCAGGUUUUGAAUCACAAUUUUGGUGCCAUGUUUAUUUUUUUUUUACCUUUUCAUAAUCAUCACACAUUAGUAUUAUCCAAUAUUUAUCAUCAACUGCAAGACUUUGUUUUUAUUUAAAGGAAUAGUUCAUUUUGGGCACUUUGUUUUUACCGAGAGUUAAUGAGAGGAUACCAGGCUGUUAGCUUAGCUUAGCAUAAAGACUGGAAACAAAGGGAAACAGCUAGCCUGGCUCUGUCCAAAGGAACUACCAAUGAAAGGCUACUAAGUGUUUUUAGACUUCUGUUUUUAUACAGAUUAAACAAAUGAGACAUAAUGUUUUAAUAAGUGAGCUUUAGAGUUGCUGGAAUUAGCUCCCUAAUAAACACGUUGUAUAUUUGUUUUGUUGAAUUUGUAUAAAAAAAAAGUCUAAAAAUGACAAAUUGUGGUUUUACAUGCCGGAUUAUUUUUUGGCCGGUAGCGGUAACUGCCUGGAGGAAAAUCUUGCAAUUUGUACUGAUUAAACAAACAAGAUAUAACGUGUUAAUUGGUGAACUUUAGAGGUGCAAGUAAACAGAUUAUUUUUCAAUCUUCCAACUAAAUCAGGCUAGCUGUUUCCCCCUGUUUACAGUCUUUAUGCUAAACUGAGAUCUCCUGACAAGCUUCAUAUUUACCACACAGACAUGAACGUUUUGUUUCCAAAAUGUGGAACUAUUCCUGUGGAACAGUUGGAGACUGGAAUCUGGACACUACCCAGAAUAAUUGAAGUUUUUCUGGACAUCUCAACAUCUAGUAGUCGCCGGGCUGUGUCUCUCCUCUAAAGUAGAAACAGAGCAGUUUCUGGGACUGGUUUCCCGUCUGGUCCACCAUCACGACUUCUCAUCUCUGUGUAUCACUACUUAUCUCUGACAGAAGGGUCCGGUCUUUAAGCUCGAGCAUUGGUUUAUAAUCCUCCUUCAAGGUGCUGUCUAUCCGCUGAAUCCAUACACGCGUGGCAUCAAGCUCUCGGUUUUUGUGCAGAUUUGUGCAAUUUACUUGAACUUUAUAUAUUUUAGUGCGGAUUCAGACCUGUGACCUCUAAUGUACAACCUCACACAUGUAAGAUUUAGUUUCAUUAAUAUUUACUUGUGAAUAUGGAUUGAAUCACUGCAAACCAAUGACUUCAUGACACAACAGGGGCUAUAAGAAGUACUUUAUGACGCAGAAUUACUUGACCAGAUUUCAGCAAAUCAGCACUCACAUGGAUGGAGAGAAAAGAAAAUUAAAAUAAUUGUCUCAGUUUAGAGGAUGGAUUAGCAUAUACCUCAUUCCCAGUCCAGCAGCGCUGGAACUUAAAAUGCUAUUGUAUUGACAUUAACCAUUAUAAACAGCAUUAUGUACACUCAGUUUAAAACAAAACAAAAAAACAAUCUCACGUAUGUCGUAGCUUUCACCUGAUUGAGCCGAUUGCUUAUAGUUUGCUCUUAACUGUGUGUUUUAAAAAAAGAAAAGAAAAAAAGAGCUGUGAGAUAUAAAAUCUUGUAUGUUGUUUUUUUUUCUUCUCGGGACCAUUUUGUUUCACUUUAGAUCUUGUACAGAUUUAUGGUUUGGUUUGACUUAUUUAUUCCAUCAGUAGUGCUUGGUUUUUAUCAUGUCCAAUGGUUUUGUUUUCUUAAUAAAAUUCACAAAAGUU